UGAUGACUGUACCUUUGUGGACGAGUAAUGAAAUUUACUGGUUUUGGGCCUUUCCUCAUAAACCCAAAAUGUGUACCAUCGUCUUCCGGUAACGACGCACACGUUUCGCCGGCGACUCUACCUCGAGAAAAAUGGACUCCUUUUAUCCUCUCCUUGAGAGAACACGGCUACCUCAACCCUCACUCCAAAAACUCGCGGUUAUCUCCAUAUUCGAGAAGCUCCGAUCACCCAGUACACUCACUGGACCCGAGUCCGACCCUGGAAUACACGCCGUUACUCAAUGCCUGAACUCAAAUUCUCCGGCUGUUGUUGAUCAAUCAGUCCGAGAGCUAUGUCUUCUUGUAAAGGACUCCAAAUUGAAACUUUCUCGGGGGUUAAUGGAACUCCAGUCAGCACUCGAAGGCUCUGAUUCGCGCUUUGUUAACGUGUUCGUCAAAGCUAUAGGCUUUCUCGUACAGUUAGGGUUCAGAAAUGAUCAUCUUUGCUUUCGAUUCCAGUCUUCGGAAGCUCAUCCUUAUGUUAAGAUUAUUUCUUGCCGAAUAGAGGUUCAAUCUGAGCUAGUGCGACAGGUGCUUAUGUUUAUUAGCCAGAAUAGGCAUCUGGGAAUGGAGGGAGUUUGUGAAUUCUUAAAACCAUUCUUAAACCUUCUGGUCAUACAAAUGUCAUCUUCAGCAACAAUGUCUUCAUUAGCAAGGAACCUUUUAUCCUCCAUUGCAUCACUAUGCUGUUCAUUUCCUCAAGAUGCAAUUCCUGUUUUCAAGCUGUUGAUGGGAUGCUGUAAAUAUGUGCAGUGCAACAACACAGAAGAUGUCACCAAUGUUUCUUAUCUCACGGAGGCUAUUGUGGAUGCCUUUGUUGGUGUUUUGAACCACUUGGCUGCUAAUGGUGUGCUGAUUCAUGAUGCCCAAUUAUGCGGAGCAGAACUUUUAGAGAUGGUGUUUUCACUGUAUACAGAUAUUCACAAAUAUUCUGAUGGAGAAGAAUGCAUCUUUGACAUGUCAAGGAGGUUAAUAGGCGUGCAGGCAGAGCUUGGUUUGAAAUUCAUACCUGAAGCAUCAUCUGUGAUGUUAUCAUUGUUCGUUAAACUAAUUCAGUCAGAGAUUGAACACAUACAGCUAUCAAUAUUAACACUGGUUCUGGAUCUUAUAAAGUGGAAAAGCAGAAAUGAUACCAUUAAUGAUACGCAUGAAGAGAUUUUAUUUGUUUUUCCUGCCAUCAACCUCAUGUCAUCUCCUUCCAGAUAUAUUAAAGAAGCAGCAUCCGAGUUGCUUAUUAUCUUAAAAGAGCUCUCUGUGAACUUCCUGGUUGCUCCCAUAAAUGAAGUGCUUAUGGAAGAAGAUAAAUUUCCACGUAUCAGCAGAUUGGAAGACAUCAUAUUUAGGGUAUUCCGUCAUUUGUGGUUUCAGGAUCAAACCUCUUGUUCUUUUUAUCUACAUUUGGUAUCAGAUGGCGAAAAGCAGAAUCUGUUUAAAAGUUGGACAGACUCAAUAACCGAGUAUUGUCAAAAUAUGGUUGAAAUACAAAAAUCAUCCCUUCCUAAAUCUCAGUCUCAGGAGAUACUUCCACGUGAAAUUCCAGCUUUACUUGGUGCAAUUGCCAGUGUUGUUAUUGUGCAUCCUACACUCGGGAACUCUGCAGUAGAUCUCCUGGCAGUUACUGGCAAUAUGGAUCCGAAACUUGGUGUUCCGUUAUUUCUAGUAAUUUUAUUUUACCAAAAUAUAUUUUCUGGUAAAUCUGAAGAAAUGGACCUCCAUGACAUUUUGCUAAAAAUUUUAAGAAUGCUCCCUUCGCUUGUGUCACAUCCUGCAAUGAUACCACUUGUAGUCCAGACAAUCUUACCAAUGCUUCAGAAGGAUGCAAAUCCAGUGCUAUAUGCUACUGCUUUGCGUCUACUUUGUAAGACUUGGGAGAUCAAUGAUCGUAUUUUUGGAAGUUUACAGGGUUUAUUACUUCCAGAAGCAUUCACACAGUUCAAACACGAGAGAAGUAUUUGUAUAAGCAUGGCUGUUACUGUUCAUGAUGUUUGCAAAAAGAAUCCUGACAGGGGUGUAGACAUUAUCUUGUCUGUUGAGGCAUGCAUUGAGAGCACAGAUGCUAUGAUUCAAGCUCUUGGUAUUCAGAGCCUUGCCCUUCUUUGUGAAGCUGAUGUGAUUGAUUUUUAUACUGCUUGGGGUGUUAUAAAAAAGUAUGUCCUGAGCUACUUGAAUGACCCGGUUGUUGCAAAUAGCAUAUGCCUGCUUUUAAGAUGGGGUGCAAUGGAUGCAGAAGCAUAUCCAGAAAAUGCAACGAGUGUUUUGCAGAUUUUAUGGGAAGUAGCCACAUCAAGAAAUCCUUCUCAUGGGUCUCUAUGGGCCAAUGCUAGAGAAUCUGCUUUUGAGGCGUUAACCCAGUAUGAGGUACGUCAUCUCCAACAAUUGAUUCUAGAUUUCAAGGAAAAGAACAUACAAGUGCUUGUUUCUGAGAUUGACCCCAAAGUUCUUGGAGCCAUGGAGAGAUUUGAAGCGAAGAUCAUAACACACCAGCACAUCACAAGGCGAAGAGUAGUGAAGGAGAAAAGAUUACCUGCCAACAAGAUUGAGAAAUUACUGGAUGUCUUUCCUCGGGUUAUUGGCAUUUCAGAGACUAAUACUAAAGCAGGAGAACUGCCAGGUGCAGCCCUCUUUCAUCUUUCCUUCGGUACAAAAGACGAAAAUACCCAAAGAGGGUCAAAGGUUAUGCAAGAUUUACAUUCUAAAUAUGAGAAUGCAUUAAUGGAGAUAGCUGCAUCACUACAGCUGUCAAGGAAUAUUAUUGUUGCACUUGUUUCACUUCAAUCCUGGAAACCCUUCUUGCAACAUUGGAUGCGAGCUUGUGUAAUGUUGCUGGAUGUUAAGAAGCCCUCCAAUGUGUUGGAUACAGCUUCAAAAGCAGCUGAUGAUAUUCUGAAGUGUAUGAGACAAAUGGCUGAGAAAUCUAUCCCUAGGUCUGCUGAGAAUAUUGGGCUAGCUUUGGGUGCACUUUGUUUGAUCCUUCCCCCUUCUGCUCAUGCUACAAAAGCAAGUGCCUCAAAAUUUCUGCUGAGUUGGUUAUUUCAACAUGAACAUGAAUAUCGCCAAUGGUCAGCUGCUAUUUCUCUUGGAGUCAUUUCAAGUUGCUUGCAUGUCACUGAUCACAAACAAAAAUUCCAAAACAUCAAUGCACUUCUUGAGGUUGCAAGUACUAGCAAAAGCACUCUUGUAAGAGGAGCUUGUGGGGCUGCUUUAGGUUAUUCAUGCCAAGAUCUUCUUACACGUAUUCAAGUAGAAUCCGGCUCCUUACAAGAAACUGAUUUACUUGGAAAGAUUGUUAGGACUUUAUGUCGAUUAAUAAAUCAAUAUGCUCGAUCUUCAAGUAGGGAUCUCCAAACCCUAUCUGAAUGCUUCCCAUCAAAUACCAUAGAUCCAGAUAUUACUCCAACCUUUUCUGAUUACUUGGAGGAAGAUAUAUGGGGUGUUUCAGGACUUGUGAUUGGUUUAGGAAGUUGUAUUCCUGCAAUAUACAGAUCCGGGCGUAUUGAUGUGGUUAAAAAGAUAAAAGAUUUAAUUAUAUCAUGGAUUCCUCUUCACACCACGGGUGAGAAUUUGGAACUAGUUCUAUCCAUGGGGGCUUGUCUUGCACUUCCAUUUGUAGUAUCUUUUUCACAGAAAGUAGAACUGAUUGAUGGUGCUGAAAUUGAAUAUCUUGCAAAUGUGUAUAGAGAUCUUAUUAAUGAACUGCUUUCUACAAAAAAUUCCGGGGCUUUUCGCCAGAGUUUGUUGAUGGCAGCUUGUGUUGGAGCAGGAAAUUUUGUUGGAUGUGUUUUGAAUGAAGGGAUUCAUUCGUUGGAUGCUAAAUGUGUUAAGGAUUUACUAGAUAUGUUUAAAAAAAUCUAUUCUAAUCGCCAACCUCCUCUUAUGCAUUUGGGUGCAAUGCUUGGGGUUGUGAAUGCGUUAGGGGCAGGGGCUGGGACACUUUUCCUAAACUGCCCCUUACCGUUUUCGCCAUCUGUUUCUGAACACAAGGAAUCUUGUUAUAUGAGUGGUCCUCUGUUGUCAAACACUGUUAUGGAGCUCCAUUUGACAUCAUUAAUACAAGAUAUAUUUCUUGUUGGUCAAAAUUCCGAUGACCAACAACUGCAGCAGUAUGCAGCUUGGUCGGUUUCGUUUGUUAGACAUUACAUAUGGUCCAGUGAUCUUCACAAUGCAAAACCUAAUUCUGCUUCUGCAUCCCCAUCCCAAAGCUUCCCAGAUGAUAGCAUAGUCUUGAAACUCAGCCUGUGGCUGAUGAAUCUAAACUACUCUCAGACCACCACAAGUCUACCUCUUAACACAAUUGUAACUGUUUUGCGAUGUCUCACACACGCACCAAGACUACCACAGCUUGAUUGGGGCCCACUCAUCAGAAGAUGCAUGAGAUACGAAUCAGAUUCUGUUCAUUAUAAAGAAAAACUAAGGGAAGAAUGUUUAGUAUUCUCUUUGUUUCAUGGAAGCAACUUCAAUGCUUUACUCACCUUCCUUGAUGAACUGUUUGACUUUUCAAGGUUCAAAAUGCUUGAAAUGAACCUUCAGUUGUGCAUCCUUUCUCACCUCCCACAUACACUAAAAAUAUUCUCAGGAUCUCGGCUUGAAAAGCUACUCAAUGAUCUCACCAACUUCAUACAAUCACCAUUUUCCUCUGAUCAAAGUUAUAAUAGUAAUAAUAAUCCAGAACAGAAAAGCCUGUUGAGAAAAUCCUUCUGGAAGGGAAUUCGUAUGUGUUUUGAAGAAGCUUCUCUUGAUUCUGAAAAACUCAUGGUUGAGUUUGAGAAUUGCAUGGAGGUCUUGUUUUCUUUGUUGCCACAAAGCUCGGUGUUGACUUAUCAAUGGGAGGAGUGGUCUGAGGCAGUAAAAUGUUUGGGGAACGCUCGUGGGGAGUGGUUAUCACAUUGUUUGGAGAUUCCUGCAGAGAUGAGUUUGAGUUUGAGUUUGAGUCAAAAAGAAAACAUUGAGUUUUUUGAAGCAAAGAAAAAGAUGAUAGCUAAAGCAAGGCUAGUGAAGAUUGGUUGUAUUCCAUUGAUUGAACUUUCAAAACUCAAACCUUAUAUAUUCAACACCAGAUCUGAUGGGAUAUGGGAUGUUCUAAUGGAAGUUGUAAUGGCUUUGCAACAUGCUGAAGGAAGUGUGAAACGACAGUGGCUUGUUGAUGCAGCAGAAAUUAGCUGUGUCACAGAUUACCCUAUAACUGGUAUGCAGUUUAUGGGCUUGCUGUGUGGUAGUGUGUCCAAGUAUAUGCCUCUUCUUAUAGUGAACCCUCACACUGUAUUGAGUGACCUACCCUUAACCCUCACUUCUCUACUCUUACAUGAUGAUGAUGGUGGUAACUGGGGGGUAGUGGCUGAACCCCUGGUUUUGCUGAUGUGGACUUUGACCAACCGUAUUUAUGAUUCUUGGGUUACAAAUGCAAAUGCUAAUGAUGUGUUUCUGUUGAAACUGAUGCAUCAUACUUGUGUUGCUUUGAAGCACCAUCUGCCUCCCGAUAAACAGCUUUUGCUUGCUAACAUGACUGUUCCCUAAUUUGCCCCUGUUUCUGUUUCUGUUCCUGUUUCUCUCUGUUAAUUUUACAAUAGGGUAAAUGUAAAUUCUACUUAAAUCUGAUGUGCUGCAUUGAAUAUAUAGAUAGUGGAGUCUGACAAAUUACUAAAGUCAAGUCUAUAUCUUAAUGAUUAACCCUUUGCCUUUGCCUUUGGAUAAAAGAAUUGAUAGAAUAUUUAUCUUAUUACCUUCUCCAUCUUUUUCUGUAUUGCUUGAUUAUAUAUCUAUAUACUUCUUUUCCAAUACCUCUAUUUAUUCUUCAUUGUCUCAUAUGAUGCUCAUUUAUGGAAGCAUUUUGUUCACCCUGGCCUUAACUC